AUGGAUGAAACUUCUUACUGUUUUUAAAGCAAUCCUGAUGUUAGGAUUAUAGAUAUUUUAAAAUAAAUCCUAACAAACUCCCAAAAAGUCUUUUAAGAAUAGAAUCAAUAGGAUUAAAGGAAAUAGUAUCCAAAAGGCCAUGAUAGCUCUAAGCUUGGGCUAAGAUAACUUUUGCUGCCUAUUUAUCUGCAUUAAAAGGUAGAAAUGAAGUAAUUAAGCACAUCAAAUUAAAAGAAAAAGAAUGUGAUAUGA